GGCGUAGCUAGCUAGCUCAGGUAUUCGAUGUCUUGGCUUCUACGCUACGGCUGGCCAGAGAGACAGGACUAGUACUAGCGCUACAGUCUGAGCUGCAGAUAUAAUGGAGAGACUGCUGUCAUUGCUACUACUGUUAGGAACUGCACUACAAGUAUCAUGUAGCCUUGUGAGUCUCCAGCCUUUAGCUCCGGAAAUCUUUGAGGGCCAAUCGUUAAAUCUUUCUUGUAAUACUUUGCUAAUGUCACCUUUGACCUUCAGCUGGCUGAGGGAUAGUACACUGUUACCGGGGGAAACAGACUCUACCCUGUCAGUAUCUAGUGUACCAUUGGAAUGGAAUGAUUCUGUACUCACUUGUGUAAUAGAGAAUGUUGGAAACACCUCCACCAGGCUAUCUGUGUUCCCUAGGGAGCCAGUAUUUACAGAGCACCCAUCCAGUGUGACUGUAGACCAAGGUAGUGUGUUCAGUUUAUCCUGCUCUGUCAGAGGGUUUCCUCCACCUACUGUGCAAUGGUAUAAAGAUGGCAGUGUUUUCUUAGUGAUAGCCCCUCAAGGGACCAGCCUCGUCUUCCCUCCAGCAUCUGAUGAGUAUGAGGGAGUGUAUCGAUGUAGAGCACUACAGGAGAGUUCCCAACCUGUCUUCUCUAAUACAGCCAUCGUGACUGUCAGAUUCCCCCCAGAGUUUAAUAUACAACCAGAGUCACUGAGUGUGCUCAAUAACACAGCAGCUUCCCUCAACUGCUCUGCUAAGGGAAAUCCCCCACCCACCAUAUCAUGGUUUCAUAACGGAGAACAGGUUACCCCUGGUGACAGAUUGGUUGUCCUUAACAACGGGAGUCUAAUAAUCGAGGCUGUGAGGAUGACAGAUAGUGGCGUGUACCGUUGCCAUGCCAACAACUCCCUCGGCAACAUAGAAUCUGAUGAUGCCUUACUCAUGGUUGAUUUGUUCCCCUUGUUCCGACGCACUCCACAAGACACAACAGCUCAACUAGGAGAUAGCGCUGUGCUCAACUGCUCUGUAUUUGCUAUACCCACUGCUGACUAUACCUGGAGGCGUGAUGGACUCACCCUAACCCUGGAUGGUGUUAGACUAGCCACUGACAAUGGUUCCCUCAUAUUAUCUGAGCUCUAUCGCAACGACUCUGGUUCUUAUGAGUGUACUGCUAGUAACCUGUAUGGAGAAGUCACCUCUCAGCCUGCGCUACUCACUGUGUUAGGUCCUCCACUACCCCCCACGGUGACACUGAGGGAGAUAGGAUCAUCAUGGUUGUUCUUGUCCUGGGAUCCACCCCCACACACACUGCCUCCAGUGGGCAACUAUCACCUCCUCUAUAGACUAGCCAUUCAUAGCAGCUACUCAGAGAUGGCCACACAACAACAGUUCCUCAACCUCACUGGACUCUACCCUAAUGCACAUUACCUCGUUAAGGCUAGAGCAGAGUCUCCUCUUGGUUUGAGUGACUCGAGUCCUCUUGUGUCCAACACACACACACUAACUGGACUACCUAAUGGAGAGGGGGUCAAGGAUGGACCUGACCACCUUCUAGUGGAGCAUACUAGUCCUCAACAUAUCACUGUGCACUGGACAGUACCACAAGAGCUAUUGAAUACUUCUUAUGAGGGAGCUCAAGUGUCCUUACUCACUAGAGCUGGUGCUAAUGUCAUGGAUGCUCAGUCUGUACAGAGCCCUGUCAGUCUAACAGAUCUCUCACCAGCUACUGACUAUUCAGUAGAGAUAGCAUUCCUGUUCACUGGUGGACACACUGGCCCACGCACCAGGAGAUCAGUCACCACUCUCGAUGGCAUUCCCUCCCAGCCUGAGGAUCUAAGCGUCACCCUACUAUCACCAACCACCCUCAUACUUGAUUGGGAAAUACCUUCAGAACCGAACGGAACCGUCAUGGCUUACACCGUUACCGUGGGAACUAGAGAGAUUGUUGUCAGGGAUGGCAACACGACAGAGCUAUUGCUAGGCAACCUGACGGCGUACACAGUGUACAUAUUGCGUGUCAGUGCUAACACAUCAGCCGGACAAGGAGAAGCAGCUAGCAUCAACAUCACUACUCAUCAAGAUGUGCCUCCUCCUCCAAGUGGACUUAGUGUUCAGCCAAUCAAUUCCACCGCCCUGCUGUUGUCAUGGCAACCUCCCUCCCCCCUCCCUGGAGUGUUACUACACUAUACUAUCAUGUACAACGACCAGAGCAUCGUUAUAGCCCCGCCCACAAGGACGCUUGAGUUGACUGACCUGUCACCAUACACACUGUAUCAAGUCAGCAUUGCCGCGACAACCGAGGCAGGUAUGGGGAACUUCAGUAGCACACAAGAUGCUCGCACGCUAGUAGCAGCUCCGACUGCCAUUGCCAUGGUGAGCAGUGUAGUACAGAGCUGUCCACAUGGGAUCACUGUUAGCUGGCUGAUCUUUGAACCCUCCGCUAUCAACGGACCUCCGAGUGAAACAAGUCUGAGGAUUGAUGUGUUUGGAGGAGAGGACAAUAGAACCAUCGCCAUUGGUUACCAGGAGGCAGGGAGCUUCACUAUUGAGAAUGUCACCAGCUUCACCAACUACGCUGUUGCCAUGGCAAUAUUCAACGCUAAUGGUAGUGGACGAAUCAACAACAGCGUCACCAUCAUGUCAUGUGAUUCAAUUGUGGAUCCACCAGACAAUGUUGCCGUGGAUACUAUCACCUCUACAUCACUCCGAGUAACCUGGCAACCAGUUGUGGUAUCUCGUGGGAUGUUAGUUGGCUAUAUAGUGACAUACAGGAAGAAUGAAAGUGAACACACAGCUCCCACCAACAGCACAUCCAUCAUCCUCACAAACCUCACAUCCUACACUACCUAUGUUGUGAGUGUAUCCACGGUUACAGGAGGUGGUCCAGGAAACUCCUCCCCCUUUCUGACAGUCACUACUCUAUCAGAUGUUCCCACUAGUGAUGUGAUGCUACUCAGUGCAAUGGCUGAGUGUCCGAGUGACCUUCUCCUGACCUGGAUGACCUCUGACCCUAGUGGCGUCAACGGUCUUCCCAACAUGACCACACUGAACAUUACUCUGGUAUUGGACUCUGGCUCAGAGGAACGUUUAUUCCCAUACAACACAUCAGGAUAUGGGGAAAUACGACUGACGGAGUUGCUCCUAUCAACUAACUACACAUUACUCGUGGCUCUGACUAACGUGCAUGGAACUGGACCACAGAGCACACCCCUCACAGCCUCCACACUGUCACAGGGACUAGCAACGCCCCCACAAACACUCACUGCACUAUCUAGCUCACUCACAUCGUUACUAGUGUCAUGGCAACCACCACGCUUCCCAAACGGAGACCCAAAUUACAUAGUGACAUAUCGCCGUGCCAACAGUGAUGAUAACUACACAAGCAUCUCUACCAGAGCUCUGAGUACAAAUAUAUCAGAUCUGAUGCUGUUCACAAGAUAUCAUAUUGAAGUAUCAGCUAAUACAUCGUGUGGUGUGUCGAAUAGUACGCAGGUCAUAGGUCAAACCCCUCCCACUGUACCUAAUGACCUCCGUGUUGUGGUCACCCUCCCCUCAGCUAUAGUAGUGGAGUGGAGUGCACCAACCAGCCCAAACCCACACCCUGAUGAUGGUGACUCUCUGGUUUAUAUGGUUGCUUGUGGUGAUGCUGCCGCUGUUACCAUGACGAUGUUAUCACAUGAGUGCUCAGGAUUAGAGUCAAAUACUAGUUAUAUAGUGACAGUGACGGCCAGCAUAGGGGAAGGUCAAGGUCCGUUUGUCUCCAUAGAAACAAGGACGGCAUGUCAAGACCCUGUUCCCAUGGUAACAGCGAAGGAUGAUGGUAUCUCAGUGUACCUUCCCACGCCAGCCAAUGAUGAGUGCGAUGUAACUAGAGCUGACUAUGUGCUAGUGGUGGUACAAGAGUUGACCUCUGACCCCCGUCCAUCCCGCCCACUCAACAGCUACACACUGGAGGAGUUAGUGGAAGCCACACAACGCUACUCUGACACACGCCCACGACGUCAAGUCAUCCCUACAUCACUCUACAUAUCAGCCAAUAUCUCAGAGAGUCAGUUACAAGGUGACCCUGGGUUCACUGUCGGAGAUGGCAGUGAUUACGGGGGCUAUAUGAACUAUCCCCUCAAACCUGGAGUAUACUAUACUGUUGGAUUAAGAGGUGUCGUUUCCGGGGCAACCACACCAAUAUUUGCUGACUCAUCAGUAUCUCCACCUUUCACCGCCCUCCCCCCUGAAGCCACACCUCCUGUGACCACACCCCCUACAACAGAGCCGCCCACCAUCCCAGUAGUGAUAGUGGCGGCCGUGGCUGGAGCAUCAGCUGUUGUACUGUUUGCCAUUCUCCUAGUGGCUUGCAUUAUCUGUGCAUGCUCUUAUUGGAACAAACGCGCCAGCCAGUACAUUGUGGCCAAUGGCAAUGGCAGUGGAGGAGAGCGCAUCACACGCAGCUCAUCAUUCAGACUGUCAGCUAAGAAGAAAGCAGGUGACCCAGUGGAUGACUUCAGGGCCAACCAUAGAACAGAGGCUCUGGAAGACCACCCACCUGUACCUGUGGUGGGCUUUAUUCAGAAACUGUUCGUCAUGAGAACUAACGACAAUCAAUUGUUUCUUGAGGAAUUUGGAUCCAUUAACAUGGUACCACAGCAUAGCACAGAGGUUGCCGAUAGCAACGCUAACAAGAGGAAGAAUCGCUAUAACAACAUUCUACCAUAUGACAACAAUAGAGUCAAGAUCAAGAGCCACGGAUCUGACUACAUCAAUGCAUCCUACUGCUCAGGCUACAUGAAGAAUAAGAUAUACAUAGCGACUCAAGGACCCAUAGCGGAGACAGUGGGGGACUUCUGGAGACUUGUGUGGGAGGAGAAUGUGCGAGUCAUCAUCAUGCUCACCAAUACAUCGGAGAAGGGAAAGGUUAAGUGUGAGACUUACUGGCCUCGUGACCUUGGUUGUUCUGCCAUCCAUGGACACAUUGAGGUCAUCAUGGACCAAGCUACAGCACUGGCUGACUUCACCAUACGCACAUUCAGUCUACAGAAGGGCUCCAAGGAGAGUAGACAAGUGAAGCAGUUCCACUUCACGUCAUGGCCAGAUCAUGGCGUGCCUCAACAUGCCACUGCCAUGCUCAGUAUGCUGCGCAGAGUGCGGAGCUAUCACAGCAAAGUAGCAGGGGGUCCAAUGCUGGUACACUGUAGUGCAGGUGUUGGGCGUACUGGCACCUUCAUAGUGAUAGACUCUAUGCUGGAGAGACUCAAGAAUAGUGAUGCUUUAUUGGAUAUAUAUGGUCAUGUGACGUUGCUGCGAACCCAGCGACCCUACAUGGUCCAAACUGAGGACCAGUAUUUCUUCAUCCACGAGGCUCUUGCUGAAGCACUGCUCUGUGGCAAUACGGAGGUCAAUCUCACCACCCUAGGAGGCUACGUGACUGAGCUAGGCACUGUUGUCCCUGGCGACCAACAUGACACCACACACAUUGAAAUACAGUUCAAGAGGCUGGCCAUUGAUAAGAAUGAUCCUUAUCGCUACGUCACUGCUACCAAAGAAUCCAACAAACCCAAGAACAGACUUGUCAAUAUCCUACCAUAUGAGACCAAUCGUGUUGUGCUGGAGUACCUGCAUGGAGUGGAUGGUUCUGAUUACAUCAAUGCUAGUCACAUUGAUUCCUACCAUCACCGCCGAGCCUUCAUAGCCACUCAAGGUCCACUGCAGUCCACUAUAGGAGACUUCUGGAGAAUGGUCUGGCAGUAUAACAGUCCUGUGGUGGUGAUGCUGACAGAGACCAUGGAGAAGGGGAUGGAGCGCUGUGCCCAGUACUGGCCGAGUGAGGUACUACAGAGUGCUGUGUAUGACAGGUUCACUGUCGAGCUAGCAGUGGAGAGGAGGUCACAACACUACACAUUCAGGGACAUUAACAUCACUGAUAAUCAGACUGGAACUAAACGCUGUGUGAGCCACUUCCAGUUCCAUGGUUGGCCAGAGGUGGGCAUCCCAGCCACACCGUCGCUAUUGCUGGACUUUAUACGAGAAGUGCAGAAGAUGUACUCCAGCCUCUCCACCCACGCUCCCAUCACCGUACACUGCAGUUCUGGUGUUGGUCGCAGUGGAGUGUUCAUCACACUGCACAUAACACUGGAGAGGAUGAAGACUGAAGGUUUGGUUGAUGUCUUCCAAACAGUCAAGACUCUGCGUAUACAGAGACCCGCCAUGGUGCAGACUCUGCAACAAUACCACUUCUGCUACGAGAGUGCUCUACACUACCUGGAGAGCUCAGAUCUAUUGCUGACUCAGCAACGCUCUGCCCAACCCUCGGCAGAAGUGUCACGCAAGAGGAGCUUCCGUCACACUCCACCAUCCUCACAACCCUCCCCUUCACGCACCGCCCACACCACACCCUCACGCAAAGAGUCAUUCAAAGGAUCAACUCGAACCUUCGAGGCAGCAGGAGGAGCUCAUAUCUACGGUGUUUCUGAAGCUACCAGUACCUUUGGAUCUCAUCAAGCUUCUGGUAGUGGCAGUCAAAUAGCUCUGUAUGGAAGUGGAACACUGGGUCAGCAGACACUGAGUGGCAGUCAGCUAUCUGUGGGUCAACGUAGCCGUAGCCCUCGUCUGGGGGGUAGUCAAAGUGCCCUCAAUACCCCACCCCCUGUUGGGGGGCAUGUGCGGAAUGCCUCCAUGAGUGGUGUCCCUCAUCAGCUAGCAGAGAGUCAACGCUACUCCACCUCUUCUGUCACUGGCUGGACUCAAUGAUCAACAUAACAUUUUUUGUACGAUUCCUACUCAUGAUAGUUGAAGACUGUAAUUCAUCAAUAAUAUAUUUUGUAUCCAUUUUUUGUGCAAUCAACAUAAUUUACCAAUAAUAAUUAUUAUAGCUGCUCUUUAUUAGCUGAGAAUUUAAUAAUAAUUUAUUGAUGCCAUUAUAAUCAAUGACUUGA